AUGUCUCGAUACCAUGUGAAGAGGCCUGGCUACGAAGUCUUUCCAGUAGACGUCGCCUGGGAGCGUGAACAGGCAGUCCCCAUGCGGGAUGGUAUCACAAUAUACGGUGAUGUAUUUCGUCCUGCCGAUGGAGUCAAAGCCCCCGUUAUAAUCCUGUGGAGUCUGCACGGCAAGGCCUCGACUGGCUCUAAGACUUACGACGUUACGGGCCCUUGGCAUAUCGGUAUCCCUCGUGAGCGUUUGAGUGGAUAA